AUGGAUGGAUAUAUAUAAGAGCAAUCCUAUGCACCUUUUUUAAAACAAUUUAAUCUAGCACCUGUGCGCUUUUUUAUUUUUUUAAACACAUUUCAUCUAUCAAGAUCUGUGACACUGCUCUCUUCUCUUAUUGGUCACAAGAAUGUAAACAGGAAGACGACUAGGGAGUGAUAAGCAACACAAACAGCAAAUGGAGCAAAACUGGUAUUGGAUUACUGUAAUAAUCAUCUGGACAAAAUUAGAAGCACAACUCCAACACAUUAUCCGCCUUUGAAGACGCCUGCAUGCUUCAACAAAGACAUCGCCGUUAAACCAACGAUCUAAUCCAGUGAUUAUCAAAGUGUCUAGUGGUCAUCUAGUGACAGCCAUGGACCACUUCAGCUCCCAGGCCAUGGCCAUGAAGGUCCAGAAGAAGAUCCUGAGCAGCAUGGCCACCAAGGCCUCCAUCCAGAUGUUCAUCGACGACACCACCAGCGAGAUCCUGGACGAGCUCUACCGCGUCUCCAAGGAGUACUCGGGCAACAAGGCAGAGGCCCACAAGGUGAUCAAGGACCUGAUCAAGAUCGCCGUCAAGAUCGGCGUCCUGUUCCGCAACAACCGCUUCAGCACUGAGGAGCUAGUCUUGGCCCAGGACUUCAAGAAGAAGCUGCGCCAGGGCGCCAUGACCGCCAUCAGCUUCUACGAGGUGGACUUCACCUUCGAAAAGACGGUGAUGUCCGAGCUUCUGACGGGCUGCAGGGACCUCCUGCUGCAGCUGGUCAACAGCCACCUGACGCUCAAGUCGCACGGCCGCAUCAACAACGUGUUCAACCAUUACGCCGACCCCGAGCUGCUCACCCGGCUCUACCAGCCCGACGGGCCCUUCCGGGACAACCUGACGCGCAUCUGCAAGGGACUCAACAAGCUGCUGGAGGAUGGUACAAUAUGACGGCACACUCCCCCAAGUCCCCCUUGGGACCGCACUGACACUCCACACUGUCCUGCUGCUACGAGAGCACGCAUAAGGAGGGAGGCGCCCGCCAGAUGCUCCACUUGGGAACAAAACUGCUGGAGAUAGAAUUUUUUUUUUUCGUUUUUGUUUUGAGGUGUUGUUAUGAUGACAGGUCAAACCAGAACAAAGUGGUUCAGACUAUUUGAAAAAUAUGAACUAACGUAUUGAUGGUGAGAUGGAAAGAGGAGGCAGUCUGCUGAUACAAUGCUGUCCUCUGCUGGUUAAAAAGAGGCUUCAUCAAGGGGAAAAAAAAUGCAGAAGCAUCCAGAAAUCAAGAAAAAAAAAGCAGCCAAUAUUAAUAAUCACGAUGAUAAUAAAACCAAAAAGACCUGA